UUACCCGGCUCAGUUGGAAGAAAAUUCGCGUAGCGUACGUUCGGGAAAAAUUCAAACGCAUCGAGUUUCAAUCAUAUCACCAUAAGUGACCGAUAGCAGUUCGGAUUGUCCUAAAUAUGAGAAAUUUGAAGGCCGUUUUUCUGAUCCUGGCAGGGCUAGUGGCAGCUGCUAGUGCAAAUUUCUGCUUCGUCUGCUCGUCGUCGUCGGACUCAUCAUGUCUGAUCCCAGACGGGGGUCUUCUGAUGCGGGAUUGCAAUCAAAUGGCUAACAACAACACCUGCUUCGCCCGAAUUGUGGAUCGCCACGUGGAACGCGGCUGCUCGGCUUCGUUGAGUCGUGAAGAUUUCGCUCAGUGCAACAUGCAAAACAACUGCUUGCUGUGCUACGACCCCCAAAACCAAGGACGAUGCAACGGAGCAAUCUUCCCGGAACACCGGCUACACUGCCAUCAGUGCCACGGAACCACCAAUUCGACCUGCGGGGAUGAAAUUAACUCGACGCCGCAACUGUGCUCGUUGUACGAAACGGAUGACCGUUGUUUCGUGAGUGUGGCUGGUGGCCAGGUUGUCCGGGGUUGUCUGUCUGAUCCCAACACUUGCCAGGAUGCCGAAACGUGUCACACCUGCGACGGAAAUGGAUGCAACUACAAGCACUACGAGGACGGCGCCAUGAGUGUAGUCGUUUCGCUUAAAACCUUGUUAAUGGCCCUGCUGGCUGCCAUGGCUUAUGGAAGUUUCAGACAGUAGAUAAUGGGAACCGACAUAACAUUAGGUAGCUGUUAAGCGAAAUACAACCCUAGAAAUUCAAACCUGGUUCAGUCGAAAUCAUAAGCAGUGUUCGCUGAAGUUAACCCUGGCCAACAGAAAGACAGAGCGUCUAGGAUUGCAGUUCAUUCUACAAAUGAUAAGUGUAAGCGAAAAUAUACGUUUAAGAUCG